AUGACCUUUAGUGACGACUUCCUCCGCGAGGGAGAGCAAGGUGGCCGCCGGGCUGCUGUCCAAUUGUUCGCCGAUAUCCACGAGUAUAUCGAGAAUGAGUGCCAAGAUAUCCCAUUCGGUUACCGCAUCGCCUGCCGCAUCUAUGCGAACGUUCGGGGGCUGGGCGACGUGCUCGUACGCAGGGGGAUUUAUGAAGACAUCAUCGAGUUUGAGGACUUCGUGCGUGGAUUCACGCGGGGAAAGACAUUGUUCGACUUUAUCGACGUCGGUGCGGGAAAAGAUCGCGCUGACGAGAAGAUCAUCGGUGAGUACCACUGUCUCCUACAUCUCCAGCCCCAUGUAUUCCACAAAACCCACUAUCCUAAGCUAUUUCCGAGUUUAGACGUACAUGUAGGCUUCUGA